UGGCCAUAUAUAGACAAUUAAGUAAUUGCAACUAAUUGCAUAAAUAUUUACCUUUUAAUAUGAGCUUAAAUCAUGUCUGGUGCAGCCAGUUGUCUUUUUAGAAAUCCCAUUUAAAAUUAUAUAUACAAUAUUCACAUGUAAAAUGUAUACAAACAUAGGUCAUAACUGCUGAAUGCACCCAUCAGUACUGAUAGAGGCUGUCAGAACAUUCAUAUUGCAACGUUGACAUGUAAAAAUGUUCAGAAAAAGCUAUCUUUAAAACCUCAGUGGGUGGCAACAAGAAAGUUACCACACACACAAAAAGAAAAGAAAAAAAAAUCCUCAAAUGACAUCUUGGCCAGUGCAGCUACUAUUGUGUUAAACGAUGUUUGCCGCCUUCUCGAGCAGGAAGUCUUAGUUUCCAGCUUCGUGAUGCUUCUUUGCAGGAAGACAUGUGCAGCAUUACAUGGGCCAAGAGGAUUUAACUUACCUUACUUACUGACCAAGACACUACACAGACAGCUGAAGUUUCACAGAAAUGACAUUAAACCAUGUGAAUGUGCUACAGUAACCUAGCCAGCAUCCAGACAUCAAUCCAACAAAUAAACUAUGGCAAAACUGACAACUGGUUUUAGAAUAAAUACUGUGCACUGAUUGAAGAGCAAACAAUAACAUCUGGGAGAUUUGUUCAAUAACUAUGUUGAAAAUCCAUGUUUCUUUCAAUAUUCACAUGUUUUCAUGUCACAUUCUCAAGUUUAGCUCAACUGCUCCCCUGGACUAUAUAAAUAUAGUUAAAGCCUUCUAAAGCACCCACAGCACCCAUAUAAUAUAAAGACAGUUGCUUGUGGGUAUAAAAGAGGAAGUGAACAGAUCAGAGGGCAGUAGCAGCAACACUGCAGUCAUGGAGAGUCCACAAAAAGGAACAAACGGCAACAAAGGAACAUCUUUUCAUGAAAUGUUUGGACAAGGUGGUUACACUUUUUCAAACUAUCGACUGGUUAUACUAUGCCUGGGACUGCUGAAUGCUGUGUUGCUGAUCGCUGCAGUUGCUAUUGGAAUUAAGUGUGCCAGAGUCAAAGAGGGCUCCCUCCACAUUUCCCACCCAACUGCAGCACAGCUCAUCAGUGAGCUUGCUGAUCUCCGUAGCAACCACAGCGAUAUGAUUGAAGCUGAAGUGGAGGCCAAGACGACUUUAGAGAGAGCGAUCAAAAGCCACGCACAACUAAAGGUGAAAAUCGAGCAGCUGAAGACGAAUAAUGACGUUUACCAGAGACAGAUUGAAGCACUGCGAGCAGAGAAGACAAACCUGCAGGUCAAUAUAUCGUCUAUGGAGGGAACUUGUGGCAGAUGCCUCUCUGGAUGGAUUCUUCUCAACUCCUCUUGCUAUUUCUUUUCCUACACUGAGUCCUCUACUGUUAAAAAGAACUGGCCAGACAGCAGAGCAGACUGCAUUAGUCGUGGCUCUGACCUGAUUGUGAUUGAUGACCAGGAGGAGCAGAAAUUUGUAAGCAGCAGCAUUACCAACAUGAGAAGCGCCAACAACGUUUGGGAAAACGGCUUCUGGAUUGGCCUCACUGACAUAGAUGUAGAGGGGAAAUGGGUGUGGAUUAAUAAUGUCACAGAGGUGGAGCAAAGAUACUGGAUGCCUGGAGAACCAAACAACCAACACCAGGGAGAGGACUGUGCGAUUGCAGUUUACAGCUCCAGUAAUCCUUGGGAGACCCGAUACGAUGGAAGAUGCAGUGUGAAAAAGUUACACUGGAUAUGUGAAACACGAUCAAGAUAAAGUUUAGAUGUACACUUGCUGUGCUGGUUUGGAACUGUUGAGAAUAAAAUACUGUUAACGUGUG